AUGGACACCGAUAGCGGUGGCAGUGGCACUGCGCCGGCGCCGCAUGGGCGGGUCUCCAGCCGCGCGUCGUCCGCGCUCGCGGCCCUGAGCAUCCUCGUCAUCCUGCUCUACCUCAUCUGGCGCUUCAUCUGGCAGUGCAGGAAGCACGGAACCAGAAGCAACUCCACCGGCGGUACCGUUUCACCACCCACCUCGUCCGCUCGGCCGCCGUCACCGUCUUGCCCGUCUCGGGACGCGACGGCGGCGUACGGAGCAGGGGAGGCAGCGCGCCGCACGCCUCGCACAGCGACGACGUCGUCGCCGCUGUCGGUGCUGGUGCGCGUGGCCGCGGCACGCUUCGGAGCGGAGAAGGUCGACUGCGCGGUGUGCCUUGCGGAGCUCGGGGACGGGGACGCCGAGGACGCUACGCGGCUCGUGCCGGGCUGCGGUCAUGGGUUCCACGCGGAGUGCAUCGAGGCGUGGUUCCGAGUGAACUCGACGUGCCCGCUCUGCCGCGCCGCGGUGGCCGCCGCCGCCGCCGCAGGGCAAGGAGCCGGAGAGGCUCCACAGUACGACAGCAGCGUAUGA